CCAGACGACAGCCAGGUCGGGGAGCAAGGGCAAAGCGUGAGAGAAAGACGUGACGUGGAUGAAGGGAAAUAUUAGAGCAGGACAAAGAAGAGUACCGUUUAAACUUCCAGCUCCUAUUAGAAGCGCAGACAGAGAGUGCGAGCCGGAGGAAAAGUUUUCCAAACUCAGAGCAACAUGACACAGUUGGAGACCCCGCUGCAGUACGACAAUGGAUAUGACGAGGGAGACUACAUGAUGCAGGAAGAUGAAUGGGACAGAGACCUUCUUCUGGACCCAGCAUGGGAAAAACAACAGCGGAAGACAUUUACAGCCUGGUGUAACUCUCAUCUAAGGAAGGCCGGCACCCAGAUUGAAAACAUCGAGGAGGACUUCAGGAACGGUCUGAAGCUCAUGCUGUUGCUGGAGGUCAUCUCAGGUGAAAGGUUACCCAAGCCAGACAGGGGAAAGAUGCGUUUCCACAAGAUCGCCAACGUAAACAAAGCACUCGAAUUCAUCACCAGCAAAGGAGUGAAGCUUGUGUCUAUUGGAGCAGAAGAAAUUGUGGAUGGGAAUGUAAAGAUGACUCUCGGAAUGAUCUGGACCAUCAUCCUCCGCUUUGCCAUUCAGGACAUCUCUGUGGAAGAAACCUCUGCCAAGGAGGGUCUCCUGCUGUGGUGUCAGAGAAAGACUGCCCCGUACAGAAAUGUCAAUGUACAGAACUUCCAUGUCAGCUGGAAGGAUGGCUUGGCAUUCUGUGCCCUGAUCCACAGGCAUCGUCCCGACCUCAUUGAUUACUCCAAACUUAACAAGGAUGAUCCAAUGGGGAACCUGAAUCUGGCCUUUGACAUCGCAGAGAAGCACCUGGACAUCCCUAAAAUGCUGGACGCAGAGGACAUUAUCAACACCCCCAAGCCUGAUGAGAGAGCUAUAAUGACCUAUGUGUCCUGCUUCUACCAUGCCUUUGCUGGGGCAGAGCAGGCUGAGACGGCUGCCAACAGGAUUUGUAAAGUUUUGGGCGUGAACCAGGAGAAUGAGAAGCUGAUGGAGGAGUACGAGAGACUUGCCAGUGAGUUGCUGGAGUGGAUCCGGCGCACCACCCCGUGGCUGGAGAACCGCACGCCGGAGAAGACCAUGGCGGAGAUGCAGAGGAAGCUGGAGGACUUCCGGGACUACCGGCGCCAGCACAAGCCGCCCAAGGUGCAGGAGAAGUGCCAGCUGGAGAUCAGCUUCAACACGCUGCAGACCAAGCUGCGCAUCAGCAACCGGCCCGCCUUCAUGCCCUCCGAGGGCAAGAUGGUGUCGGAUAUUGCCAGUGCGUGGCAGGGCCUGGAGGGUGCUGAGAAGGGCUUUGAGGAGUGGCUGCUGACCGAGAUCCGCCGCCUGGAGCGCCUGGACCACCUGGCCGAGAAGUUCCGGCAGAAGGCCACCUCACACGAGACCUGGGCCAGCGGUAAGGAGGUGGUUCUGACCAGUAAGGACUAUGAGGCCGCCUCCCUGACUGAGCUGAGGGCCAUGCUGCGGAAACACGAGGCCUUUGAGAGCGACCUGGCGGCCCACCAGGACAGAGUGGAGCAGAUUGCUGCCAUCGCCCAGGAGCUCAAUGAACUGGAUUACCAUGACGUUGCUGCUGUCAAUCAGAGGUGUCAGAGCAUCUGUGACUUAUGGGACCAGCUGGGCACGCUCACGCAGAAGAGGAGGGAGGCACUGGAGAGGACUGAGAAGCUGCUGGAGACGGUGGACCAGCUGUUCCUGGAGUACGCCAAGCGCUCUGCCCCCUUCAACAACUGGAUGGAGGGAGCCAUGGAGGACCUGCAGGACAUGUUCAUAGUACACACCAUCGAGGAAGUCCAGACUCUGAUCGGGGCUCAUGACCAGUUCAAAGCCACUCUGCCCGAGGCGGACGCGGAGCGGCAGGCCAUCCUGGGCAUCCAGGCCGAGGUCAUCAAGAUCAGCACGAGCUACGGCGUGCGCGCCGACCUCACCAACCCCUACAGCUCCAUCACCGUGGAGGAAAUCAGCGCAAAGUGGGACAAGGUUAAGAAGCUUGUGCCCCAGAGGGACGGAUCUCUGCAGGAGGAGUUGGCCAGGCAGCAUGCCAACGAGCGGCUUAGGAGGCAGUUUGCCGCCCAGGCUAACCUCAUCGGACCCUGGAUACAGACACGCAUGGAGGAGAUCGGGCGCUUCUCGCUGGAGAUGGGAGGCACUCUGGAGGACCAGAUGACACAGCUGAAGCAGGUGGAGCACGUCAUCGUCACCUACAAGCCCAACAUCGACAAGCUGGAGGGAGACCACCAGCUCAUCCAGGAGUCCCUCAUCUUCGACAACAAGCACACCAACUACACCAUGGAGCACAUCCGGGUGGGCUGGGAGCUUCUCCUCACCACCAUCGCUCGCACCAUCAACGAGAUCGAGACCCAGAUCCUGACCCGUGACGCCAAGGGCAUCAGCCAGGAACAGAUGCACGAGUUCCGUUCCUCCUUCAACCACUUCGACCGGAAGGACCGAGGUAAACUGCGGCCUGAUGAGUUUAAAGCCUGCCUCAUCAGUCUGGGCCAUGUGGGUCAUGACAAACAGAAGAAGAAUGGUGCCAUGGACACAGACGACUUUAGAGCCUGCCUGAUCUCUAUGGGCUAUGAUUUGGGUGAGGUGGAGUUUGCUCGCAUCAUGAUGCUGGUAGACCCCAGUGCCACAGGCCUGGUGUCCUUCCAGUCCUUCAUUGACUUCAUGACCAGGGAGACGGCAGACACCGACACAGCUGAGCAAGUCGUGGCCUCCUUCAGGAUCCUGGCAGCUGACAAGCCUUACAUCCUGAUGGACGAGCUGCGGAGGGAGCUUCCCCCCGACCAGGCCGAGUACUGCAUCAUGAGGAUGCCCCAGUACGCGGGGCCCGGGGCCGUCACCGGGGCCCUCGACUACACUGCCUUCUCCACCGCCCUCUACGGAGAGAGUGACCUUUAAACCCAUUAACCCUCUCACCUCCAGCACAUCCAGCUUCUUGGCCAUCAUGACUCCCUACACGGUGUAAAAAGAGUUUUUUCAACACUAUUCUGAGAACAUAUGAUCACAUUCGAGUGUUAGUGUUGAUUCAACUCUUUGAGUGUUGAGAGAUGAAUUUAACACUGUUUAGAGCAUAUAUACAGUAGCUUCAGCACUAAAAACAGUUUAGUGUAACACUAGAAUCGAAUUGGCCCAUAUAUUCUCAGAAUAAUGUUGAAUUUAACACUGCAUUUUACCAUGUAGCGGUCUGCUUUCCCCACCGCCAGAAAAUGCUACUCAGAAGUGGAGAUGCUGGAUUCAGAAAGCCAAGCGCUACCCUGCCACAUUAUUCCCUUUGCCUGCACACUCAAUAGAUGUGAUUUUUUUGCUAAAUGAGCUGAUUCAACGAUCUGAGGAUUUGCUGAUGCAUAAAAAUGGCUUCAUAAAAUAUGUGUCAGGGUGUUUACUUUCUGAAGAUUGUAUCUACUCCACCCUUUAAAAGAGGCCUGUCACUAUUUUCAACAGAAGCUGUCUAAAAUAAUGGAUGAUGCAUCAUGGUUCAUAAGUACUUUAUUUGUCAGUAUAAUGCUCUGUGUUACUGCUAGGGAUUGAGGAUAUGCAUAUAAACUUGAGUGCACCACCCAGGUUAAUGUCUGCUCUAGGCUUGUGCAGUGAAAAAGAUCUUAGUGCAGAAACUCUUUUAUUUCUUUUUUACAGAUCUCUGCAGACAUGCUGAGUAGAUAAAGCUCUUUGAACUCACAAACGCCUGACUACAAUCAUCCAUUUACACAAAUCUCCAAGCAGUGCCUCAGAUCACGUAUUUCCUCUUCUGUGGAGAAUGACUCUAGAUGAAGUUAAAAGUCAGUGGCUUGCUAAUUAAAUGUUGUGUUCUGAAAUGUGUUUGGCAGUUUUAGAAUCUGAACAUUGCAUUCAGGCGUUAAAUUGGUAAUAAUAUAAAAAUCCAACCAACUUUCUGUGUCUGCCUUUUAGGGCUAAGGAAAUGAAUGAAUAGACAGCUGGUAACAUAAAGGCUCAUUAACCUAUUGUGUUGAGACACAUUUGCCCAUCUGUGAUUUCCAUGACUUUUAUUGCAGUUUUUACUCAUUUGCACAUUUUUGGCUUCUUUUACUCUGCUUCACAUCAUAACUGCAUCAUGGAAUGUGUUCACUCUUUUAGAUAAUUAUUCUGUGCCAACACCAAACCUGAGAAUGAACAACACAUUAUUGUGUCAAUUAUGUGAAAUACUGACAUGCACAGAUAAGCUGAAUUUUUUUUUUGCCUCAUAAUUGUGUUAAAACAACUCUGCAAUAGUUUUAUUUAGUCAGAAUUUCAGUUUAGUUGUACUAGUACUUGUAGUAGAUACACUGUGCCAUUUAGUUUCAUUCACAACACAUCAGUUUUUGGGGGAAGUUUCCAAAGUAAUCUUCUACUUUUAGAAAGCAUCAUGUUCUCAAUUCAGUUUUUAUUGGGAAGGCCAUUGUGUGAACAUCAUGAAAACUGUGCCAUUUCCUGUACCAGUCAUCCAAUAAAGCUGCAGUUACU